GCAGAUGCAGUAGAACCUCAGUUCUAAGCCAGAAGUAGAACGGAUACCCAGUCCAGUGGCUAGCCAGCGUAUCUCCAAGUAAACUGCACUAUGAAUCACAAUCACCAGUCGAGCUCGCACCUGUUGCUGCUUAUCUCCCUCGUAUUUGGAGCAGUGUGGGUGGCCCAUGGCCAGGUGCCCUUUCCCGGCAAGUGUCCAGAUGUGAAGCUACUGGACACCUUCGACGCGGAAGCGUAUAUGGGCGUCUGGUAUGAGUACGCCGCCUAUCCAUUUGCCUUCGAGAUCGGCAAGAAGUGCAUCUAUGCCAACUACAGUCUCGUAGACAACAACACUGUUUCGGUGGUAAAUGCGGCUAUCAAUCGAUUCACCGGGCAACCCUCGAAUGUAACUGGACAGGCCAAGGUCCUUGGACCCGGUCAAUUGGCCGUGGCCUUUUUCCCGACGCAGCCAUUGACGAAGGCCAACUACCUGGUUUUGGGCACCGAUUACGAGUCUUACGCCGUCGUCUACAGCUGCACCAGUGUGACGCCUUUGGCCAAUUUCAAAAUUGUUUGGAUCUUGACCCGUCAGCGCGAACCUUCAGCGGAAGUGGUUGAUGCGGCCAGAAAGAUCUUGGAUGACAACGAUGUGUCCCAGGCCUUCCUCAUCGAUACUGUUCAGAAGAACUGUCCCCGCUUGGAUGGCAAUGGCACUGGGCUGGCUGGAGAAGAUGGCCUCGAUGUGGAUGACUUUGUGUCCACCACGGUGCCGAAUGCCAUCGAGAAGGCAUGAGAGUGGCUUCGACGCCUCUACGAGCGUCUCUACGACAUUUUUAUGAACUUCCUGAGUUACUAAGUGUCAUGUUAUCACAGUGAUCAAAUAUCGAUUGUUGAAUGUUCUUUGGUGCUUCAGUUUAAGCUUCUUGUUAUUGCAUGGAAAUACAAAGAAAAUCGAUUAAA